AGAAACAACACAAUCUAUUAUAAAUCGCAAUAAGAAACUUACACCUGAGUUAGAUGAAAGACCAUCUCAUCCUAGUCCGAAAACCUCAUUGGAGUCUUUAAUUAAAACUUCUGGACAAAAAUCUAGUUCGGAAUUGAAAAAAAAUAUCAUAAUUAGAAUUUAUUGUAAUGAACUUAAAAACUUGUGA